AUGAACGGAAUUGACAUCACAUGGGCUACUGAUUCCUCAACGUUACAGUUGUCUGCCAUUAGGGGAAAACCAAUCUGCUGCUUUUCUCGCAUCUCUUGUGCUGCUGGGGAGAUCCGCAACUCCACUCAUUCUGCAGAGUGUUUCUAAUGCAUGCGAGAGGAUUGGUCCAAUGAAAACCACAGACAGUGUGCGCCAAAGGUGAUUGAGUUCCUGUCCAAUGGAGAAACCAUGGGGGCUCUGCUGACCACAUUCUCACUCUUUGGAGCAGGUCUAACUGUAAUGGUGUCCUGUAUCUACUUCUGUUUCCAACACACUCCUCUUGUGAGAGCCAGCAACUCAGAGCUGAGCUUCCUCCUGCUCUUCUCCCUGACUUUGGGAUUCUUGUGCUCACUGAUGUUCAUAGGCAAGCCCUCAGACUGGUCCUGCAUGCUGCGCCACACGGCCUUUGGUAUUACUUUUGCCCUGUGCCUUUCCUGCGUCUUGGCUAAAAUUAUAGCCGUGGUAACGGCCUUCAAGGCAACAAGGCCGGCAAACAUAAUGGUACAAUGUUCUGCUCUACUUCAAAGGACCAGCGUCCUCAGCUGCACUUCUAUUCAGAUGUUUGUUUGCGUGCUUUGGCUGAAACUUACACCACCAUUAACCUACAGAAAUGCAGGCCAUGCUACGGAGAAGAUCAUUUUAGAGUGUAAUUUGGGUUCUCCAGCUGGGUUAUGGGUUGUGUUUGGGUACAUCGGCCUGCUUGCUGUUCUGUGCUUCGUUCUCGCUUUUUUGCCUAAUGAAGCCAAAUUCAUCAUUUUCAGCAUGUUGAUAUUCUGUGCAGUCUGGAUCUUUUUUAUCCCUGCUUAUGUCAGCUCUCCCUCAAGCUUUGGGUUACUUUUCUGUAUAUUUGCGCCAAAAUGUUAUAUUUUAUUGUUGAAAUCAGAGAAAAAUACAAAGAAACAUAUGAUUGGGAAAAAACAAUGA